GUCAAACAUAGACAGUUUAAAAACAUGCGCUUUAAAAAAUAGAAGUCUAGAUGUCUAGACAUUAGACGUGUCGUUGUGUCAUUGUAAAAGGAUAAAAGUUGCUGAUAUUUUGAAAAUAAUAAUUUGAUUCUGCUUUCUUGCUGUAGGAGUAACAAAUAAUAAUUAUGGAGAAACUACCGCGACACACAUUCCCUGAAUGCGAGCAUAUACAAAGACAAUCAGCUGAUCAGUAUGACUUGAGCCAAGAUGAAGCGCUAGAGUUAGCUCAAGCGCAGAUGAGAGUGAUCCCAAUGUUUGAGCAGAACCUGUAUGAGUAUAAAAUAUUCAAGUAUUACUCUUUAGCUCGAAACGAUCUGCUUCGAUGUCGCUGGGCUGCUUUCAUAAACAGUUUGGAAGGGAGAGUUAAAACUCCUUUCGUAUUUCCAAGUUAUGAUAAUCUACACUUCAACUGUCACAAAGUAAGAUACGAGCCUAAUGAAACGAUUACCAAUCGUCCGAAUAUUCGUCGCCAUCUUACUUGUGGACCCGGCGUGGAUAUGUAUGGACAGAUACCAAUAGCGGACGACAUGCAUUUACGUAAAAGUAUCGAAGCAAAGCAUGGGGAAGUUCUCAAAAUCGGGAGAAAGCAUUUGGUCCGCCAUUAGAUCAUGCUUAACAUGUAGAAAAAUGUGCCACGGAACGCGGUUUGACAUAAGUGGCUUAUUCUCAAAUGUUUUUGCUCAGGGGUCCUAUUAUGUAAAGUUGUUCUUUGGUGUUUAACCGCAAAGGUUACGUCCAGUUAAUAGUUCAAGCGAUUUUUAAGGGUACGCUGUUUUAACUAUUAACACAGUUAAUACGCAUUCGUAUCACCUUUAAACUUGCGGUUUGAUUUGAUGAGUUAGCGACCUGCCUGCCAUACCUGUUUUAGAUUGAACAGAUAAACUGCGAACGCCAAGGUUUAGUCCGCAUUUUUUUUUAAUUAUGUAAUUAUUCACUUGAGCGAUGACUCUUCUGGGUGAACGUUUAUGAAGUGUUGUUUUCGCAUUGCACCAGAGUGAUUUGUUUUAAAAAGUUAAAUGAUAUGUCAUUUAACUCUUAGGUCUCAGCCAUAUUGAAAACAUUGUUUAUUUUUAAGAUUCAUUUUGUACGUAAUAAGUAUAGAGAAUACGAUUUAUUUUAAAAAUGUUCACAAAAUUGUAAUUUUUAUUUUUCGUUUAGUAACUUAAUUAUUUAAUUAUGGCUUCAGAAUAUGCAAACGAAGCUUAUUGAAGUUACAAAACAUAACCGAUGAACUGUCAAAAAUGUUUUUUUCGCAAAAAUUGUUUUACAAAGCGAUAUUGGUUCCAGUUUAUAUGCGAUUGUAAGACAAGUUGCUGUUCAUUUACUUUUGUUUGAAUAUCUGGCAAUUUAUGUUUUUCUUUUCUUAAAUAUUUACGAUGUAUUUAUUAAUUAUGUAUUCAGGGAUUAAAUAAAGUUUAAGGAGAAUCCUAAAUUUAAUUGAAAUGUCAGCCUUUUAUUUUAACGACACGAGAAAAGCGAUCACAUUGUAUCGACGAAAUGGAACGGUUGAGAAAUGUGUUCGCUUUCUCCAAACAAAUUUUAAUAAAUAUUUAUAUUUUCUAAUAAUUAUACUUACU